AUGCCUGACUUGAAUGCCACCUCAUUCACCAAUCCCACUACCUUCAUCCUGAUGGGCAUACCUGGUCUGGAACACUUGCACAUUUGGAUAUCGAUCCCUUUCUGCUUAAUGUAUGUUGUUGCCCUCAUGGGAAACAUAGUCAUCCUUUUCAUCAUCAAAACUGAGACUGUUCUCCAUGAACCCAUGUUCUAUUUUCUUUCCAUGUUGGCCAUCACGGACCUCAUCCUGUCAACCACUACUUUUCCCAAGAUGUUGGGUGUCUUCUGGUUCAAUUACCAUAAGAUCGAUUUCCAUGCCUGCCUCACUCAGAUGUUUCUCAUCCAUGCUUUCUCUGGGGUGGAAUCAGGGCUUCUUGUGGCCAUGGCAUUGGACCGGUAUGUGGCAAUCUGCAAUCCUCUGAGACAUUCGUCCAUUCUUACAAAUUCUGCAGUGGCUAAGGUUGGCAUAGUGGCACUUCUACGUGGGUUAGUGUUAAUGGCACCACAUCCCUUUCUUGUAAGAAGAUGGCCAUAUUGCCAGAGCAAUGUGGUCCCACACACAUACUGUGAGCAUAUGGCCGUGGUGAAAUUGGCUUGUGCAGACAUUUCUAUCAAUAGUCUUUAUAGUUUGGCAGUCAUUAUAAUAAUUGUUGGGACAGAUGUGACAUGCAUCUCUAUGUCCUACAUACAGAUACUUCAUACUGUAUUCAGUCUCCCUUCUAAAGAUGCCAGGUUGAAGACGCUCAGCACUUGUGGGUCCCAUGUUUGUGUCAUCCUCAUCUUCUACAUCCCUGCUCUUUUUUCUUUCCUCACCCACCGUUUUAGUAAGCAUAUACCACUCCACACCCACAUCCUGCUGGCCAACACGUAUCUGUUGGUACCUCCUAUGCUGAACCCCAUUAUCUAUGGAGUAAGGACCAAACAAAUCCGAGAAUGUGUCCUGCAGCAUUUCAUGACAAAAAUCAAUUUAAAAUUCUGGGUCUCCCUUUUCUACUUAUUGCAACCCUCCUAUUAUCCUUUGUUAUAA